AUGCCGCCAAAGAAGCAAGCAGGAGGCUCCGCCUCGAAGCCGAAGGAGGAUAAGACCUUCGGAAUGAAGAAUAAAAACAAAUCUGCCAGAGUCCAGAAGCAGAUCGCUACGAUAGAGAAACAGCAGGCGCAGGCGGGCAAGUCGCGCGCGGCGCUCGAGAAGGAGAAGGAGAAGGCUAUGCGAGAAAAGGAGAAACUGGACGAGGAGAAGCGGAAAAGGGAGGAGGCUGCACUCUUCAAGCCUGUGCAGACGCAGAAGGUGCCAUUUGGUGUCGACCCGAAGACGGUGCUGUGUGCGUUCUACAAGGCCGGCCAUUGCGACAAGGGCAACAAAUGUAAAUUCAGUCACGAUCUCAAUGUCGGGCGGAAAGUGGAGAAAAAGAACCUCUAUGAGGAUAGCCGGGAAGAGAAGCUCGCAGAUACUAUGGAUCAGUGGGACGAGGAAAAGCUACGGAGCGUGGUUCUGUCCAAGCAUGGCAACCCACGAACGACAACCGAUAUCGUCUGCAAGUUCUUCAUUCAAGCGAUCGAAUCCGAGAAGUUCGGGUGGUUCUGGGAGUGUCCAAAUGGCGAGUCAUGUCAGUACAGACAUGCUCUCCCGCCAGGCUUCGUGCUCAAAUCUCAGAAGAAGGCUGCGGAGGAGGCUGAGAAGGCCAACACGAUCAGUCUGGAAGAGUUCCUGGAAGUAGAGCGACAUAAACUGGGCUCCAACCUCACGCCAGUAACGCCUGAGACAUUUGCGAAGUGGAAGCAAACUCGAAUGAACAAGAAGCAGGCUGAGGACGACGCACUCCGUAAGACGAAGGAGCAGCAAGCCGCAGCGGGCAAGAGUAAUGGCAUGAGCGGAAGAGAUCUGUUCACAUUCAACCCCGAAUGGUUCGAAGGAGAGGACGAAGACGAAGAAGACGACUGGGAUCUGACGAGGUACAGGAAGGAGCAGGAGGAUGCGGACCUUCUAGCGGAGGAGGAGAGAAUACAGAGCCUCAGCCUGGGUGAUCAGGAUGGCUCACCAGGGGUGAGCAAUGGUGACGAAGAAUGA